UUUCUAAGCAGCUCUUCACCACUUCCUGCUUCGCUCAGCUUCUCAAAGGAAGACGCAACCUUCACUGGUCGCUUUGCUGCUCGAACCAGGCUGAAGAAACGCUGCGUUUGCUGGGAUGGAGCUCCAGAAGUGGCUGUCUGGCCUGGUGGUCUUCGCCUCGGUGCUUCCCUCAGCCGAGGCGUUGCACAUGUACGACCCUCAGCUGUGCUACAUCCUGGAUGGCUUCCUCGGCCUGUACGGCCUCAUCAUCACCGGCAUGUUCAUCAAGGAGAAGUUUUUCAAAACCAAAGUGAAAGUGGCGGACGAGAGCCUCUACUCUAGUCUGGCUGGCCAGGAUACUAGUGGGUAUGCCCCACUGAAUAUAGACCCUGAGAGAGGAAGAGGCCACAGGAGGACUGACGAUUCCACAUACACGGACCUCCAGAAACGUCCUGGAGAUGAGUACAGAGAGCUUCCUGUUAAAAGAGAGCAGCGUCAGAGAAAGAAAGAUCAGAUUUAUCAGGGUCUGAGUUCUGCCUCCAGAGAUACCUACGACGAGCUUCAAAUGCAGCAGCUUCCUGCUCGCUAACAAUCUGCUGGUGAACCAGACUUCGGCUGGAUAAAGGAUUUAUCUGAACUUCUUGCUUGGAUUGGAUAUGGUUUUAUUUCAAAGAUUUAAAAGGUUCAGUCUAAAAUCAUAGAGAAACUUGACUUUUUAUACCUUUUUGGCCUUAUUUUUCCAAUAACUUAAACACUUGGAAGGUAAAUUUUCUUUUGUCAGCGUAAAUGGUUGACCUCAGACCAAAUUAUUUUUUUUAACUACUAUAUUAUAAACAUGAAUGCAUUUUUACAGAUUUUUCUCCAAGUUCCCUGAUAAGCAUUUUAUUUUUUUUUUUAAUUAUGGUGUACUUGUACAAAUUAUUCAAUAAAAAUACAGGCAGUUUUCUCUUAACACAUUUUUGUUAAAUAAUAAUUAUACAUUAGUGUGAGAACUCCAACCAGUUUUUAAGGUUUCUGAUUAAUGAUAAUUCUAAUUCAAUAUUUUCUCAUAUCAAGUAUAUUACAAUGUUAUGUACCUUUAAUAAUUCAUUAUUUAAAAAUGAACACAUCGCAAAGGGUCAUUUAAAGUAAAAUAGUUCUUUAAAUGUAAAUGUAUUUCCAUAAAUAUAAAAAUGUCAUUUGCUUUUAGAAAUAUAUUAAUUUAAAUAAUUAAUCUGAAAACGUUUGUUAUUAUUUAAGUGAUCAAACCAGAUUUUAUUGCCAUCUAUUCUGAUAAUUUUGUCACUGUUCCAUCUUCUUGAUGUGACGAUUGGGUUUUAAGACAUUUAAGACAUUGUGGUGAAAUUUUCUGGACAAGAAAAUGUGAUUUUUUACCAGUAGCCAACUAAUAUCUAGUUGAUAUUCAAAGUUUUCUUUCAUUGUUGUGUAAAUAUUAGAAUGUAACAUAAAAACACAGAAUUUUGGUUUUUCUAUCUGUUUCUAAUAUCUGUUGUUUCUUAAAGCUCAUUCUGUUUGUGUAAAAUAGGAAGUCAACUUAAAAACAGGUGCAGAUAUACAGAGCGCCGAAUAUGACUAAAUUAAAAAAACUGUCAAAUAAAUUCACAUUUAAAAAACUGCACAAAAAAGAGAGCAAAUAUUACCACUCAAAUCUGUUAGAAAAUUCUUCAGUUACACAAUAAAAACAGUUUUAUGUGGUUUUUAAAAAACAUGUUUAUUUAAACAUUUAUUUCCUGGCACAAAAAAAAAAGUCAGUUUGAGUCAAGUUAGUGAUCCAGUCAUCCGAUUGGCUGCAUAGAU